GCGGUGCGCAGAUUCCCCGCGUCCACCCCUCCACUCUCUCCCUCGCCUCUCCCGGCGGUCGCCGCAGCCGCCACCCAUCCUUAAGGUGGCGGGCGCCAUGGCGGCCGAGGCCCUGGCCGCGGAGGCCGUGGCCUCGCGCCUGGAGCAGCAGGAGGAGGACAUCCGCCGGCUGUGGGCGGAGGUGCAGCGCCUGAGGGACGAGUCUCUGAACGCGCCCGAGCGGUGCCCGGCCGAGGGACUGAGCCUCCCGCGCGAGGUGGCGCAGCUCCGGGCCGAGAACCGCGAUCUGCGCCACCGCCUGUACCGCCUGCGGCUGCGUCUCGCCGAGCAGCUGAACCGCCAGGCGAAGCGGGAGAGCGCGGCGCACGAGGAGGCCGGGUGGGCGGCCGCGGGCGCGCAGCCUCCUUCUGGUGAAGGCCAAGAAAAGAACAUUAUAAAAAAGAAGGAAAGUGGGCCUGACAGUGAGGUGGAAAAGCAACCAAAUUUCAUAAAAGAAAGAUUGAAGCUUUUUGAAACAUUGAAGAAAGAUCAUCAACUUUUACUUGGCAUUUAUGGAAAAAGGGGGAACACAAGCAAGGUGAUCACAGUGAGAUUGGCUGAUGGGAAAACAGUUGAAGGGGAAGUUUGGAAAACAACACCUUAUCAAGUGGCUGCUGAAAUUAGUAAAGAAUUGGCUGAAAGUGCAGUAAUAGCCAAAGUAAAUGGUGAAUUAUGGGAUUUGGACCGUCCACUGGAAGGGGAUUCCAUUCUAGAGCUGCUUAUGUUUGAUAACGAGGAAGCUCAAGCUGUGUACUGGCACUCCAGCGCACACGUCCUCGGGGAGGCCAUGGAGCUUCACUACGGGGGCCACCUGUGCUACGGCCCCCCCAUCGAAGAUGGAUUUUACUAUGACAUGUUCAUGGAAGACAGAGCAGUGUCCAGCACAGAAUUAUCAGCACUGGAGAACAUAUGUAAAACCAUCAUAAAAGAAAAGCAACCUUUUGAAAGAUUAGAAGUCAGCAAGGAAACUCUCCUGGAAAUGUUUAAGUAUAAUAAAUUUAAAUGCCGCAUCCUGAAUGAGAAGGUGAACACCCCGACCACCACUGUUUACAGGUGCGGUCCACUAAUUGACCUUUGUAAGGGCCCACAUGUAAGACACACUGGACAAAUAAAAACCAUAAAAAUUUUCAAGAAUUCCUCAACAUAUUGGGAGGGCAAUCCUGAAAUGGAAACUUUGCAGAGGGUCUACGGGAUAUCCUUUCCUGAUAACAAGAUGAUGAAAAACUGGGAAAAGUUCCAAGAGGAAGCCAAGAACCGGGAUCACAGGAAGAUCGGGAAGGAACAAGAACUUUUUUUUUUCCAUGAUCUGAGUCCUGGGAGCUGUUUUUUCCUUCCCAGAGGAGCCUUCAUUUAUAACACGCUUAUGGAUUUCAUUCGAGAGGAAUAUCACAAAAAUAACUUCACGGAAGUAAUCUCUCCCAAUGUGUAUAACAGUAAACUCUGGGAAGCCUCAGGCCACUGGCAGCAUUACAGUGAGAAUAUGUUUACCUUUGAUAUCGAAAAGGAUACUUUUGCCCUAAAACCCAUGAAUUGUCCAGGGCACUGCCUAAUGUUUGCCCAUCGUCCACGAUCUUGGAGGGAAAUGCCUAUGAGAUUAGCUGAUUUUGGAGUUCUUCAUAGAAAUGAACUGUCAGGGACUUUAAGUGGCUUGACCCGGGUUAGGCGCUUCCAGCAGGAUGACGCUCACAUCUUCUGCACAGUGGAGCAGAUUGAAGAAGAAAUAAAGGGGUGUUUACAAUUUUUGCAACACGUUUACACAACAUUUGGCUUUUCCUUUCAAUUAAAUCUGUCGACAAGGCCUGAAAACUUCCUAGGAGAGAUUGAGAUCUGGGAUCAAGCUGAAAAGCAAUUGCAGAAUAGCUUGAUGGAAUUUGGAAAACCAUGGAAGAUGAACCCAGGAGAUGGAGCAUUUUAUGGUCCUAAAAUUGACAUCAAAAUCAAGGAUGCUAUUGGCAGAUACCAUCAAUGUGCUACAAUUCAGCUGGACUUCCAACUACCUAUUAGAUUUCAUCUCACAUAUGUUAGUAAGGAUGGGGAUGAUAAGAAGAGACCAGUGAUCAUUCAUCGAGCCAUUCUGGGGUCAGUGGAAAGAAUGAUAGCCAUUCUCUCAGAAAACUAUGGGGGAAAAUGGCCUUUCUGGCUUUCUCCUCGUCAGGUAAUGGUCAUCCCUGUGGGGCCAACUUGUGAAAAAUAUGCACUUCAGGUAUCCAAUGAAUUUUUUGAAGAAGGAUUCAUGGCUGAUGUUGACUUAGAUCAUAGUUGUACACUAAAUAAGAAAAUACGAAAUGCACAGCUGGCUCAGUAUAAUUUUAUUUUGGUGGUUGGAGAAAAAGAGAAGAUAAACAAUGCUGUAAAUGUUCGAACAAGAGACAACAAAAUUCAUGGAGAGAUUUCAGUAACUUCUGCCAUUAAUAAAUUAAAGAAGCUCAAGAAAUCACGUACACUAAAUGCAGAGGAAGACUUUUGAAGCCCUUUGCUUGUCCUCACUUCUAAAUAACCUUGUUCUGAUCCUUGCAAUGUAUUUUUUUUAACCAAUUAGCAUGUUAGGACUUGUUCUGAGAACUUUGAACAAACAGAUGAAAGGAGACAGGGCACAGUGAGAAAGGAGUGGCUGAGAUACACAAUGUAUAAUUCACUAUUGUGCUCUGAGGACAGUAAGAGGACGAGCCUGGGGGAAUUUUCAAGAAAUCAAUGCCUUGAGGGAUUUAAGUAGGGAAAUGUUAUUCAUUGAAAUGAGGAAAUACUAGGAAAUGAGAAUUAUGAGAUGUUAUUGCUAAGAUUUACUUAUGAUUUUCAAAAAAUAGUUCUCAAAUAAAAGUCUGCAAAGCUUUUUUGAAUAUGGAUAUAAACUUAUUUUUUAAUACCACUGUGUCUCAGGUAUUUGUAUAGUUAAGUUCACACUGUAAAUUAUCUCCUCAAAAUUGGAAUCAUUAUUUAAUUUUUUUAAACCAACAACCAGAGAGGAAGGUGUUUUUAAAUAUUAGAUUGCUAACAGAAGACUCUGAACCUCUAACAAAUUCAGUGUUGUGGAAUCUACUAUUGUUUGCCAUGUAGGUUAAGAGUUGCAAUUUUAAUGCUUCUAAUUCAUAACUGAGCUUUGUUCAUCUUUAUAAAAAUUAAAUUCCCAAAUUAAAUGCAUCACACAAUGUUUCCAAUGGUUCAAUUAGGGCUAUG